AUGCAGACCCGUACCCUCGUCGGCGUGGGAGGCGUGCUCGGUCUCGCUGCCCUCGCACUCACCCAGCUCUCCAUGCAGUCGCAGGAGCGAAAGUACAAGAAGACGUUGCAGUAUAUGCAUCACGGCCGGGAGAGGGUUGCGGAACGGAUGAAUGAGAUGAAUGGCGCCAGUAAGAAAUAG